AUGGCGCUAGUUAAUGGAAUGGUAGAGGUCGUCAAGAUCGUCGCGAGGCAGACUACAAUCGCACCUUCGUCAACAGUAGCAACUUCGUCCCCGAUCUCAUCAACCUCAGCAUCUGCUACUCCAUCUACACCAGCAUCGUCCAAUAACAACAGUAGCCCAACUAGUUCGCCACUGUUGUUCUUCGUUGCGCUGGGAUUUGGUGUCGUAUUUACAAAUUUAUGGAUCAUUGUUGGUGUCAAAUACUGUUUUCGAUACAAUGCUAGGAAUCGGGCUGCGCGAGAAAUGGGUGAGAACCCAAUCAAUCUCGAUAACAUGCCAACCCGACCACACCGAAGGCGCCGGGAAAAGAAGCUCAUGACCAUGGACGAAGUGAACGAACGAUUUCCUUUGACGAAAUACAAAACCUGGGUAGCAAAUCGAGCUAGCGAAGGACUACCAACUAGUGGGGGUGUUACAGCGCCGCCAAGCCGAGCUGCAAGCGUGGCAGAAGUGGAGGGAGUCGAGCCAUCUUCGCCUGUUGGAACAAAGCAUUCUAUCAACACCAGGCCAGCCACGGCCACUUCGAACAGAGAUGAAGCAGCACCAUCAUCGCCAGCACAUACUAUGAGAGGUGGGUAUGGCGACAGAAAGAGUAUGGAUGCGGUAAUUGCGGAGAAGACACCUGCAAUGACCGAGGAGCGUAAGGAAGAACUACAUCAUUUGGAAGAAGUUCCAACGAGAGCCAGCACAAUCGAUAAUAAGAAUAUUGCAACGGUCGAAGACGUUGAGGAUGACGACGAGGAUGAUCAUAUUCAUACCGCCGUACCUCCCGAGCUCCUCAACAACCCAGGAGAUUCAUGUGCUAUCUGCAUUGAUUCUCUAGAAGAGGAUGAUGACGUUCGUGGUUUGACUUGUGGUCAUGCUUUCCAUGCCUCAUGCUUGGAUCCAUGGUUGACCAGUCGUCGUGCUUGCUGCCCACUUUGCAAGGCGGACUACUUUACACCAAAACCCCGACCUGAAGGUGAGCCUGAGCCUGAGCGACAUUCACGUAGAGCACACGCCUCGAGGGCAAAUAUGCCCCAACAGCCACAGUCAGCUUGGACUGGAAUUCGAGGUAUGCCAGGAAUAUUCGGAGCAUCCGCUAGGUCAAAUGUGGAUACCCGAAAUCGUGAUGAACGACAAACGAGGCGGGCACGCCAAGCUCAAGCUGGACCGACGAGUGUAGCAGCCGAUGGAGGAGCACCCGAAGUCACCACUGCUCCAGCAGCAAGCAGAUGGAGGCCAAGAAUACCGGCGGCUUUCACCGGAAUCCGCAUGCCUGGUAGUAAUAGAGCCACAGAAAAUGCUUCGGCACAAUCAGCCAAUGCCGAGCCAACACCUUCUCAGCUAGAAGCAGGUCAUCGUUUUGCUUGA